UUGAGUAUAAAAGCUCCUCACAUGACCUGGUAUUGCUACUGAAGUCUAGAGUUAAUCACACAACCAUGCCCGUGGAUUUCACUGGAAAAUGGGAGCUGGAGUCGCACGAAAACCUUGAGAAUUACCUUCAAGCACUGGACAUUGGCUUUCCCUUUCGGAAGAUUGCAGCCCAACUCACUCCAACAAAGAUCUUUACCCAGGAUGGGGAUAACUUUGUGAUUAAGACACAGAGCGCCUUCAAAAGCUUUGAGCUGAUCUUCACUGUUGGAGUUGAGAAGGAAGAAUUUACUAAGGGAUUUGACAACAGGUUGAUAAAGACUCUGGUGACCUGGGAAGGUGACAAAUUGAUGGCCACCCAGAAAGGUGAGAAAGCCAACCGGGGAUGGAAACACUGGAUAGAAGAUGACAAACUUUAUCUGGAGUUGACAUGUGAGGAUGCUGUGUGCCAACAAGUGUAUAAAAGAAAAGACUGAAUUUUCAUGUGAUUCAAUGUCACAUUCAUUUAGCUACUCAACAAGUCUAUCAAAAUCAAGCUGUGUGUUAACUUGAGGCAUCACUGCUUUCUCAGGAGAUAAAAAUGACUCACAAUGUGACACUGUCAACACUUCAGUGGGAGUUUGUUUUCUUCUGUCUAAAUAAAGAUAAUGAGACAUUA